AGACAGUCUGAUUGUUUAUUUCAAAGAUAAAAAAUAAAGUGGUAAAAUAGGGGGAUAUGAAGAAGUAGAAGUUGAAGCCAGGACCUAGCGAAGAGCAUUUGACAUCACUUUCCUCUCUAGGUUGAAUCUCAUUCAGGAUUUUUCCUUACCCCAUAGGGUUUUGGCUUUUUAACCAUGAGUAUCUUGUUUUUAGGGGCUUAGGACCAUCCUAGACCCACAGCAGAUUUAAAGUGCUCUGACGGUAUAUUUGUCUGAUGUUUCAUUUUAACCAAGUAAGCAGCUCUCUGUAAGAUCUUUGUCUACCUUCUUGGUAGUACCAGGAAGCUACAGUGAGAUCACAUCUGGCCCUUGCAGUUUAGUAUUAGUUAACAUGUGCCCUUUCUGACCUCUCUGCUUCUUGGGGUGGGUCUAUUUAUGGAGGAGGCUCUGUAGGGGCAGAUUCUGCCUGCUUUGUUUCGGCGCCUUCUAUUUUCACAGGCUGAGAAGCUGGAGCAAGCGCGCAGUGCUGCAAAUGAGCUGCCGAGAGGCAUUCAGCCUUGUCACUUGGCAGAGUAGCUGGGUUCAGGGUAUAUUUGGAGCGGGGGUGGGGGGGCACAAAAAGGGUAUGUGGUUUUUCUUUACUGUUUAUUCCUGCUCAAAGGAGGGUGGGGGCAAGUGAAAAAGACAUGUCUUCAUCAUCAUAUUACUUGAUGGUGACUAGAAGUGCAGGCUGUACACAGCAUUCUCUUCCAAAUCGGGAUUUUGGAAACAGCGUUGAGGUGGACUGAUAUGCAAAAGCUUAUGGUUGUGCUCUCUUGUCAGCCCCAAAUAUUUACUGAAGCUGGGAGAAGAAAAGGCAGACUUUCUUUUUUUCUCUCCCAAACGUGUGAUUGUUUAGAACUCAAGUGCAACAUCUGGAAGUCAGAUAUACAGAGAACAAUUUAUGGAGUGUGAGAGAUUUGAAAUAUUCAGUGUCUUUUAAUGGGAACUCAACUUUCUGGGGCUGCUUUUUUUUUUUUUUUUUUUUAACCCAGCACAAAGCAGGCAAUUCUGAGAUCUCCUUUGCCUCUCUGAAUUAAACCCUUUGUGCCUGGGUCCCAUAAACAAUGUGCUUUUUAAAGGGGAGCCCCCUCCCAGCUCCGGCCUUUCUCUCCAGCGUGGGCAGCCAAUCAGCUGCGCAGAGCUGCAUAGCUGGACCGCUUUCCAUUCUGAGUAGCAACAACGUACUAAUUUGAUGCACACAUGGAUGCCUCGCGCACUCUGCAAAUUCAUCACCCGCAUCUUGCAUUAGUCAUCUGACGGACUGCCAAGUGUUUCAUUUUCUUUCCAUGUGACUUUAUUAUUACCACCUCUCUCCUCUCUUCCAAAAACCUCCCAAAAAGGGCGGUGGGGCGCGGGGCGGGGCAGGGAGAAGGAGAGAAAUCCAGCAGACAUCUAGCUCUGCCUUUCUUUCCCAGCCACAGCCAGGGUAGGGCUGAUAACGCGCUGAUGCGUUGAUGGCAGCCUUGCAGAGCUAGACCUGCACUUAACUUGCAGCUGCCUCCCGAGCCUCCAAGAUGUCCACGCCCUGGGUGACAGGCGGCAGGGCGCUGCCCCGUGCUCCCCCGGCUCUGCUCGACAGCAGCACGCAGUGAGAGCCUCGCCGCCGCCGAGGAGCAACUCAUGUAACGGCACAGCCAACAAGAUGAACGGAGCUUUGGAUCACUCAGACCAACCAGACCCAGAUGCCAUUAAGAUGUUUGUCGGACAGAUCCCCCGGUCGUGGUCAGAAAAGGAGCUGAAAGAACUUUUUGAGCCUUACGGAGCCGUCUACCAGAUCAACGUCCUCCGGGACCGGAGUCAGAACCCUCCGCAGAGUAAAGGUUGUUGUUUCGUAACAUUUUAUACAAGAAAAGCUGCACUUGAGGCCCAGAAUGCACUGCACAAUAUUAAAACUUUACCUGGGAUGCAUCAUCCCAUUCAGAUGAAACCUGCAGAUAGUGAAAAGUCAAACGCUGUGGAAGACAGAAAAUUGUUCAUAGGAAUGGUUUCGAAGAAAUGUAAUGAGAACGACAUCAGGGUGAUGUUCUCUCCAUUUGGCCAGAUAGAAGAAUGCCGGAUCCUCCGGGGACCCGAUGGGCUGAGUCGAGGCUGUGCGUUUGUCACAUUUUCUACAAGGGCAAUGGCACAGAAUGCAAUCAAAGCCAUGCAUCAGUCUCAGACCAUGGAGGGCUGCUCUUCACCUAUCGUGGUGAAGUUUGCUGACACUCAGAAGGACAAAGAGCAAAGGCGCCUCCAGCAGCAGCUCGCUCAGCAGAUGCAGCAGCUCAACACUGCCACCUGGGGGAACCUGACGGGGCUGGGCGGACUGACCCCGCAGUAUCUGGCGCUCCUGCAGCAGGCCACCUCCUCCAGCAACCUGGGUGCGUUCAGCGGCAUUCAACAAAUGGCAGGCAUGAAUGCUUUACAGUUGCAGAACCUGGCGACGCUGGCUGCUGCUGCAGCUGCGGCCCAGACCUCAGCCACCAGCACCAAUGCAAACCCUCUCUCUACCACGAGCAGCGCCCUGGGAGCCCUCACAAGUCCCGUGGCUGCUUCAACCCCCAACUCCACCGCUGGUGCAGCCAUGAACUCCUUGACCUCUCUUGGGACUCUGCAAGGACUGGCUGGAGCCACUGUUGGACUGAAUAAUAUUAAUGCACUAGCAGGUACCAUCAACAUUGCUCAAAUGCUCUCAGGUAUGGCGGCUCUGAAUGGAGGACUUGGCGCCACAGGCUUGACGAAUGGCACGGCUGGCACCAUGGACGCCCUCACCCAGGCCUACUCAGGAAUUCAGCAGUACGCAGCCGCCGCGCUGCCCACUCUGUACAGCCAGAGCCUGCUGCAGCAGCAGAGCGCUGCGGGCAGCCAGAAGGAAGGUCCAGAGGGGGCAAACCUCUUUAUUUACCACCUUCCACAGGAAUUUGGAGACCAGGACAUUCUGCAGAUGUUCAUGCCUUUUGGAAAUGUUAUCUCUGCUAAAGUCUUCAUUGACAAACAGACCAAUCUGAGCAAGUGCUUUGGUUUUGUUAGCUACGACAAUCCAGUCUCUGCACAAGCUGCUAUCCAGGCUAUGAAUGGCUUUCAGAUCGGCAUGAAACGCUUGAAGGUGCAGCUGAAGCGUUCCAAAAAUGACAGCAAACCUUACUGAUCCUAACCCCAGAGGCUCCCUGCUCUCAUUUUAGCUUUCUUAGGACAUCUUCAUGCCCGUUAGUUCAUCGUUUGCCUAGCAUGUCCCUGUGGCGUCUCAAAAAAAAGUUUCAUCGUCCCGUCAUUGUUUCUGAUGUCUUUCUGACCUCACAUCAUAUUUGGUUCUCCUACUGACCUUUGAUCUAGUUUGACCUUUGAAAUUUGCAUGUGACCUCAUCUAGCUAUGAAUUCUGGGAAGUCAAUGUGAAAAACAUUGCUGCAUUCAUGCAAGACUGAAAUUUAUUAUUAGACAAAUUCAUUAUAGAAAAAACCUGUGGCAAAAACGUUUCUUUCUUAUUUUUUUUCUUUUCCUAAAACAGACUUGAAAGUAUUAUACAGGGAUUGGCAUUCUUCCCGGUCACUGGUAACAAUAGCAAUAUGUGUCCAGGGACACAGAAUGUUGGUUUCUAACAGACUACUUCCAAAAACAGUUUGAGAAAAAAACUGUCUGAUUUUAAGUCUCUAGAGGUCUGUAAUAGUUUUUACAUUUUUCAGGCAGUGUAAAGUUUUUUGAUAAGGCCAUUUUAGGUGGCUCACUUUCUCAUUAAGAUAUAUAUAUAGAACCACUUUUUGUAGAUUAGUAUAAGAAAAAUAUUUACCCUGUUUUGGGGCAAAUGCUACCUAUUUGUGUCACCUUUUGCUGAACUCACAGUUAGACAAUCCAUGGUUUAAUGCACAUGAAAUUACCUAUAUUUUAUACUGUUUCAAUGUACAGGAGAAAGGUUACUGUAAACUGUGUUAUGUUGGUGCUUCUGUGAAUUAAGUUGUGGUUUCAUCAUGAGUCUUAAUGUUCUUUGUUGAUAAGACAAGUUUAGAAUUGGUUUACUUAAUACAAAAAAAAAAAAAAGAAUUUAAAAAAAAAAAGUUGUUUGCUUAAAAAAAAUUUCAUGUGAGGGAAAAAAAAACCUAUUCCAGAAUAAGUUUUGUGUUGGCUUGUGAAGCAUUGAUGUCAUUUUUUUUAAUUGUGGACUAUUUAGAUGUGUUUGUGUUCAGCAAAAUGUGAUCUGUUUUUUUUCUUUUAAAGAAAAAAAGUGAAAAUAUAUAGUGCCAAAUUCCAAAGGUACUUCCUUCCUAGAGCUUCAGUGUGUUUCUUGUGAGAAGUAAUUUGAUAACAUGGGUAUUUUAUUAUGUGUUUUGUAUAAAUCCCUAAUAUUUAAAAAAAAAAAAACAAAACAAAAAAAGGUUAAAAAGUUUGUUAACUUGCUAUCCUGUGGUCUUGUUGCCUGAAAUUGUUAUUGUUUGUUAUUUCUCUCUGAUGUUUUUUGUAAGACAUUGUAUAAGUGCCCAUGUCCCACUUUUUUAACCACUCUGCACAUCAGUGCUGUGAAGGCAACCUCACCAUGUAUUUUCUUCAUAAUCUAUGGAAACCUCUAAGGUGAGAAAGUUUUGAACUUUUAACCCUUUCUACCCAGAGCUAUCUGGAAUGUUGAUGACUUUUUAUACUGUCAUGAUUUGAGUUUGUUUUGGGGUGUUUCCAAUUUGGAUUUUUUUCCCUGCAUCUAUCCUCUAAGUUGUUUCGGUUUGACUACUUUGUUCUUUGGUUAAGAUCCAAAAGAAAACAAUUCCACGAGGCCAAUCUAAAGGGAAAAAAUCCUACACUACUUUUGAUUAUUUCUCAUUUUUGGGAAAAGAAUUCCUAAUGUGCUAACAUAGAAUUCCUUCUUCAGUUUUAACGAGUAAUUGGAUAAACCCUGAGGGAAAACGGAGGUAGAUUCAGCACCUAACAAUCCUGUAUGCUUUUGAGAUCACGUUUAGUGCUAUGUCCUAGUCUAGAAUAUUUUCAUAUACCUUGCAGUAAAACAACUUUGUGGCAGGAUAGUCUCUUGAGGGGUUUUGUUUCUGUUUCUUAAAUACUCCUAAAUAAUAUUUCUCAUCAGCCAUUAUGCUGGGGCAUCUUACCAGGCUAAAUAAUAUUUCUCAUCAGCCAUUAUGCUGGGGCAUCUUACCAGGUGUCUGGAGUUAGAAGCCCAUAGCCCUUUCCCAGCCUUUUUGGUUUUUUUAUUUUAAUUGAACACAUUUCAUCUAAGUAAAGCUCAGUUCUUUAUCACAAUUAACUGACCAAAUACCUAGCACCAGUUCCUGCUGCCACUUUUUAAAGUGCCAUAUGACUUUCUAUGAACAGGUACCUUGCUGUCUUGACAAAUCCUAAUGUCACACCUACAGCCCCAACACAAGCUCCAGCCUUCCUCUUCGGCAUGCCCUGGAAGCUUCUUGGCCUCAGCUCCCCUUCCCCGCUCAACACCCUGUUAGGAUCAGUGUGUGUGGAUGGGAUAGCCCUGGGAUGGAAAGGACUAGCCUCUACUGAUGCAAAAAAACAAAAAGCAACACAAACGUUUCCUUCGUAUAGCACAUGCACUUACAAUGACAUGAUUUGUAUUAUCCUCACAUGUGUUUACUACUGCUGGGGCCUUCCUUCAUCCUCUGAGGGCUAUUUUGUACUUCCUGCAGCAAUCAGCUUAAUAACAACAGUUAUUGCACCUGUCUCUCUCUGAGAACACGGUGUGUCUCGACACAUACAUGGAAACACAAGAGCCCACCACUUGAAUUUCUAAGACCAUUUCAUUCUGAAACUUCGUAUCAAUUACCUAAAUCUCAACGAGAAACAAUUUUGAUUUCUUUACUGAAGCCGACUCCCCUCCCCAUCUCCCUCUCAACCCACCUGCAUGCGUCUCCCCCAGAGGAAACACUGAGGGUAGGGACAGGAGGCUCAGGACACGCCCUCUGAAUCGAGUGUUUCUUCUUCACAAGUCACCAAGAGAGGACAUGAGGGGGAAAGUCCUUUUUUGCCCUUCUCCAAAAAAUAACCUUCCACAGAGACAAACUGUCCUUCUAUCCACUUUUAUCUUUUAAUAUCAAAAGGAAAAAGCUGCAAGGGUGCAAAGGGCCUGUGCCAGAAGAAAACACACAGGGAAACCGCUUUUUUUAAUCAAGUGUAGAGAAUAGUCAUUUUUAAUCUAAAUUAGAGAAUUGUGAUACAAUGGCAGUCCUCAAAGGCGUAACGAGUUCAUCUUUCUUUCACCAUAGGGGUUAUAGUUGGCUUGUGCUACUCUGGAAUCAUUUUACUGUUUGUUUUUAUUAUCUUAAGUGCUAAUUAAAAAAAAAUAAAAUUUUAAAAAAACCUGUAGUUUCAUUACCUUUUUGAAUAAUGUCAUACAAAAAAUGUAUUUGUUUUUUUGUGCUGUGAGAAUUGAUGUUUGUAGAUUAAUAAUCAUUUUGUUUAGAAUUACAAAAUAGUUUUUAAAUAUUGUCUGAGAAAAGCCAAAGUUAAUGCAACCUAGUGGAAACUGUAAGACCAUUUGAGUAUUGUUUGUUUUAUUGAUGCAUUUGGAUUUUGUUGUUUGAUGGAAUUUGAGCCAAAAACAAAAUACGCAGGCUUUCCUAUUUCUACAACUGAUUGUACUUAUGCAUUUUGUACCAGUGGAACUUUUUAUACUGGAGAUUAAAAAAAAAAAAUGGAAAUUUUUGUGGCUUGCUCUGGUGGGCCCCUGACAAUGACUGAUUUCAAGUUUGAUUUCGGGUUGAUUGAUAGAAAGAAAGUUGCUUUUCUUUUGAGAAUUAAAAACUUUGGCUUGAUUUCUUUUUUCCCUUUGCUUAUAUCUUAGCAUUAGAAUUUUGUCUUAAAAUAACAGCGGUAAGUUUCACUUUUUAUUCUGUAUUGUGCAGUUACACAAUAAGGUAAUUAGAUUUAGAAGUACUCAGUCACUUUAAGUGGAUAAAUGUAUUAGUUAAAACUUUAGGGUUUGCUUUUUUGCUGUUUAGAUCAAAGUUUUUUCUGAUUCUUCUGUCCUCAUUGUGAACAUAACCGUGUAGUUGAAACAGUCAAACUUAUUUUUGUAAUGUAUGUUAUUGUGUGAUGCAGUUUUUUGCUUCUGUCUCCAAUAUUAAACCAUUUUCCUAAUA